GCAGCAGCGGCGGCUGUGCGUGUGCAUAAGAAAGUUUUCGGGGCGCCCCCCAAACAACCUAUCCGCUUAUCCACCCAACGACCUAUCCACCCUACCUCACCCUUUGACCUAGCCACCCUGUGAUCCUGAUCGAUUCCGUGACCCAUAAACCAUUGAUGGGUAACAAAUGGCAACAUUACAUCGCUGACGAAAACCCAUUGUGCAAAGCCGGAGACUAAUCACUUAACUAUUUAUAAAGCAACGCACAUGCAAGUGUACACGGAAAACAAUGUGAAUUUGACUAAAGAUCAGUUACAAGUUGUUCAUUUCGAAAUGGAACCAAUAGUGGAGUAACAACUGAAAAUAAAAACCAAGUCUUACAGAAAAGACUUUUAAAUAAAAGUAGCAUAAAUAUAAAGGAAACCUAAUCAUGAAGAAAUAUAAUCAAUUUGUCGCAUGUCGAAUGCGGUUCGAAUAGGGUCCACCCUUAGAGCCUAGAGCCUGAGUUAUCCGAAGACCAUGCUGCUGUACUCCAAGUUCCUAUCGACAGCUUUGACUGUGGCCAGUGAAAACAGCUCCUCCGAUGGCACUCUCCUGCUCAUCCAGACCACAGCGGCACCAGCUAGUGGAGAAGCCAUCUCAACUGGAGCCAAGGUGGGUGGUGUGCCCUCGAUGAACUCCUACCUGGUCAGCAUGGCGUGGCCCAAAUCCCUGGCGGUGGCCGUCUUCCUGGUCCUCAUCCUGGUCACCAUUGUGGGCAACACACUCGUUAUCCUUGCCGUUAUGACCACACGCCGCCUGCGCACCGUCACCAACUGUUUCGUGAUGAACCUGGCCAUCACCGAUUGGCUCGUGGGCACCUGUGUGAUGCCUCCCUCGGUGGUUCUCUACAUAACAGGCACUUGGCGCUUCGGCUGGAUACUGUGCGACAUUUGGAUCUCACUGGACAUCCUGCUCUGCACCGGCUCCAUCCUCAGCCUGUGCGCCAUCAGUCUGGACAGGUAUCUGGCCGUCACACAGCCCUUGACGUACUCCAAGAAGCGGCGCUCCAAGCGACUGGCCCUGCUCAUGAUACUCGUCGUGUGGAUAACGGCCCUGUCAAUCACGUGUCCACCCUAUUUGGGCUGGUACGAGGCGGGCAGGCAUCAGGCGGAGUUCGUGGACUGCCGCUACAACCAAAACAAGGGCUACGUGGUCUUCUCGGCAAUGGGAUCAUUCUUUAUCCCCCUGACGGUGAUGCUGUACGUCUACGUUAAGAUUGGUUAUGUCCUCACGUCACGGCGACAGCGCAUUGUGCGCGAUGCGAACUCGGAGCGCACGGCAGACUACGAUGUGGAUGGGGACAACUUCAUCUCGGAGUCGGAGCACUAUCAUUGCACGCCAACCAAGUGGCUGCCGAACAGGAAGUCCCGCUGGCGGUUCAACUCCCUGCACGACCCACCACCACCCGGCAAGGGACAGCAGUCCUCCUCCGUCAAGUGUGCCAAGUGCUCCUCCACUGGAACUGGAGUGGGUAUUGGAGUGGGUGGUGGUGGUGGUGGUGGUGCUGGGACUCCAGUGGUGGACAAAACGCUGACGUUUAAGCACCAGCCCACCUUUUACGAACUGGUCGAGGUGUCGCGUCUCUCCUCGCUCAUCCAUUGCUCGGCAAUUAGCUGCAAGUACGGUGGACCCUGCAUGCACUCCACGCCCUCGGGGAUGCACUACGUCGGCACGGAGGCCUCCUUUUCGGACACCUGCCUGGGUGCCGCCUCUGUAGCCUCCGCCGCCACCGCUCUGGAGGCCACCAGCACCACCAUUGAGAAACUGGAGACGGAGGUCAAACAGAUGCCACACCAUCACCAUCAUGGCUCCCAGAACCAUCAUCAUCAUCAUCGCAUGCCGAUGCGAGUCUCGACCACGAAACGUGAUAGCAAGACCGCCAAGACCCUGACAAUUGUGAUGGGCGGCCUAAUUGCUUGCUGGCUGCCCUUCUUCGUCUAUUAUCUGCUGAUACCCUUCCUGCCGCGACCCGCCGUCCUCGAGGACCUCAUGUUCGGCUUCACCUGGAUUGGCUGGGUCAACUGCGCCAUCAACCCGUUCAUCUACGCCUUCUACAAUCCGGACUUCCGCACUGCCUUCUGGCGGCUCACCUGCCGGCCCAUCUGCAAGCAGAAGCGUCCGCCCAACCAUUUGGCCAUGUUCCGUGGCUAGUUUGGGUAUCCCGAUGGAGAUCCGGUUUCCAGGCUACCAUUGCGGUUACGGAACACUUGAGAGUGUCAUAGUCCCUGGGUCGCACAAUCGAAGAUCUGCUGGGUGGGAAAAUAUCUCAGGCAAACGCUUCACUUCUUACCACUUCUUACACCUCAAAACAUAGAAGAAAACAGCUUAGGGCUAAUCAGUGGGUUAUACUUAGAGGAGGUGUUCUAUCUGACUUCUUAUGGCCCUAUGACACUUACUUAAAACUCCACUAAAUAGUGGUUUUAUUUAAAAAGGUCAAGGCAAAAUAGACAAGAAAAGGGGCCACCGCUUAAAACUUUAUCAAUGUCUAUAUUGAAUCAAAACAUAUAUGAUCAAGUAAUUCUAACCAUUUACUAGUCGAAAACUAAGUUAGUGUCAUAUGGCCUUUGGUAUCUCAGAGUGUUGCUAAUGAAAAUCUAGUUUUAUUAUCAAGAAAAAGUACAAGUAUUGCUUAUGAAAAUGAAUUUUUGAUUGUUGUACAAAGAGGAAUAUUAGUAAUUCUAAAAACUAUACCUUAACGUUAUUGACAUCCCCAUUAAUUCUUAUAAAAUGUGAUUUUAAUUUGCAUCUAAGAGUAAUUUUAAAAAAAUCGCAUUUGAAUACUUUUUUUAACUAAAGUGAAAUUGUAAUAAUGAAUAAGAAUGAAUAUGCAUUCCUGUUUUAAUGACAAUGCAAUUUCAUUUCAUUAGAAUUUAUUCAGCUUGAUAAUGAAAUAUGAUGCUAAAUAUGAAAUAUCUAGUAUGACUUCACAUUUUAUUUUAAUACAAAAUCAAACAGCUAGGGAAGUACCAUCAAAAACAUGGUUUAAAGGUAGUAGGUCAAAUCCUCCGUAAAAUGAAGUGAAUGUUUGAGCAAACUAAGUGACCUUUUAAGCAACUCUUGGCAUAUACCUCAGCAAUCGAGCUUCUCAACUAGUAUUCAAAUUGCAGAUCUAAGCUGUUUGCCACACUCUAUCCGCUUUUGCCAAGGGCAACGCCAUUAAAACUAAGAUACUUUCGGUAAAUAUUGAUUUGAAGAAGAUUGCCUUGUUAAGCCAGAAAGAUGCUGCCUUUUGAAGCCUCUUUCAAAGGCCACUCCAAGGGCGGUGUCUUAAAGACUCAGUGGACUUGGCCGGAAGUGGAGAUUCUUUGCUAGACCAGAUCCCCCAAUCCUAUAUAUAGUAUUUUCGAGUGUGUGUGUGUGCGUGAGCGUUGAUUGUGCGAGGAACGAAACGAAACAAAAGACAAAUUAUAGUAUUUGCGAGUCUUUGUUGCCUGACGGCAACUGUUGACCAUCAGGAUGAGCAGGAUGAUGAUGAUGAUGAUGAUGGUGGGGAUGGUAUGGGGAUGGUAUGGGGACGGUGAUGUUGGGAUGUCCUCAUCCUUAUGCCUUUGUUGUGCGCGUCUAGUUUGUGUGUAGAGUGUAGAGAGUAGUUUCAGCUGCCAACGACAUAUCUGGCGUAUCCUUUGUUGGCCAGGUCCGGUCAAGCCCGGCCUAACCCCGCAGGCACGGUACACAGUGUCCGGCCAACCCAUUUAAUGUUUAAGCAAUCGCAAUCGCACGGCACACGAUGCUCUAUGCUAGGUCUGCUCCACACACACACAAUGUUAAAGUGAAAGUGAAACUGUAACUAAAACUAGGCCGGAUUUGAAGCACUUGGCACUUCAGCCUGCUGGGAUUUUAAAUGUCCUCUCUAGACCCCCAGCCCCCUCUAGAAACCCCUUAGUCUGUGUAAGCAUUGUAGCCCAACUAAUUUGUAUAGUUGUAUUAUACAUAUAUCAUAAUUGUAACCAA